AUGGCAGCAAAACAUCAUCCUGAUUUAAUAAUGUGCCGAAAGCAACCAGGAAUAGCUAUUGGUAGAUUAUGUGAGAAAUGUGAUGGUAAGUGUCCGAUUUGUGAUUCAUAUGUAAGACCUUAUACUCUUGUAAGGAUAUGUGAUGAAUGUAAUUACGGAAGUUAUCAGGGAAGAUGCAUAAUUUGUGGAGGAACAGGAGUAUCAGAUGCUUAUUAUUGUAAAGAAUGUUGUCUUUGUGAAAAAGAUAGGGAUGGUUGCCCUAAAAUUGUAAAUUUAGGUAGUGCUAAAACAGAUCUUUUUUAUGAAAAUAAGAAAUAUGAAUUUAAAAAACAUUAA